CCUGUGCGACCGCUCUAGGCGCUUACCUGUGGCAUCUAUCGCCUAUGCCGCCGCCUCUCUAGGCUGUGGGUGCCGGCUCUGUGACCCAGGCGGGGCGAGCUAGCAGGACAGGGUCCGUGGAGGCAGCCGAGUGGCAGGGCCUCCGUCCGUACGAGGUGCGAGGUAGAGCCGCGUAGGCCGUGCGGCCCGGGCCCCGCGGCACAGGUCAGUCGGGGCGCGGGACGAGUUCGGCGAGUCCCACUGGUGUUUUUUCCCUGCUGCCCGCUGUCUGCCCGAGGAGGCUGUGAGUCUUCCAGCUAGGACGAAAUGUAAGAAAGUAUUUUUUUGAGAAGAAAUGGCACCCAGCAUUGAAAAUGAAAAGAGUGUGAAUCCUGUGCUCAGAAUAAGUCAACUUGAUGCUCUUGAACUAAACAAAGCUCUGGAACAACUAGUGUGGUCCCAGUUUACCAGCUGUUUUCAUGGAUUUAAACCAGGGGUGUUGGCUCAUAUUGAACCAGAAGUUAAAGCAUUUCUGUGGCUUUUACUGUGGAGAUUCACCAUCUAUUCUAAGAAUGCAACUGUGGGACAGGCUAUUUUGAAUAUUCAGUACAAGAAUAACUUAUCUCAGACAGAGAAAUACCAACCUCUGAGCAAACACCAGAAGUUAUGGUAUCUUAUUUUCACUGUUGGUGGAAGAUGGCUGGAGGAAAGAUGUUAUGAUUUCUUUAGCAAUCGCCAACUGCAAUCUGUCAGCAAAAUCAAGCAAUAUAUUAAUUUUGGAGCUGGACUUCUUAAAAUUUGUGGACUUGUAAAUUUUCUGAUUUUUCUUCAGAAAGGAACAUUUGCAACACUUACUGAACGCAUUCUAGGAAUUAAAUCAGUUUUUUGCAAGCCACAGAAUGUUCGCCAGGUAGGAUUUGAAUACAUGAACAGGGAGCUGUUGUGGCAUGGCUUUGCUGAAUUUCUGAUCUACUUGCUACCACUUAUUAAUGUACAGAAACUGAAACUCAAAAUUUGUUCUUGGUGUUUGCCUAUUGCCAAUCUUUCUAAUAGUGAAAAAACAUUAGCAGCUCACUACAAGGUGUGUUCGCUGUGUGGGGAAUGGCCUACCAUGCCACAUACCAUAGGCUGUUCACAUGUGUUUUGUUACUAUUGUAUUAAAAGUAACUAUUUACUUGAUAUGUAUUUUACCUGUCCUAAGUGUGGCUCAGAGGUACACAGUCUUCAGCCACUGAAAUAUAAAAUUGAGAUGACAGAAUUACAUAUCUAAUGAGGAGGUUGUUCUGUUCUUGUACUGCAUAUGAAAUAUAUUAAAGAUGAAUGGAAAAGAAUCAGAAAUUACUGUAAUCAGACAGCUUGAAAGACAGCUUUGGAAAUUCUUUAAGCCUUUUCUGGUGUUAUUUUUUUUACUGAGUAACAGUGCCAACUUGCAUCUCUGAAGAAAGGAAAACAAACAAGUUUGCAGGUUCUUCUACUCUCUCAGACUACUUGUUCCCAUUUUGGUAUGGGAUCUAUGUUGUCUUCUUAGAUCAUGGUCUGGCAAUCUACCGCUUCCUAAGUUUAUGCUGUAUUCUUCCCUCAAGGGUAGAUGAGAAGAUACUCGAUUCACUUGGUGGAUUUUCUCAGCAUUGUUUUAAAAGUUUCUGCUAUUGCCAACGUAGCUAUAUGGAUUUUGUGCAGAGGUCAUCCUAGUCACACCUAAAGAAUAGUUUUAACUUUGAAUAUUUAAAAUUUGAAUUUACAGUAUAAUGCGCCACUGAUAAAGAGCAAGGUAUAAGAUGAAGUUUUACAUCAAAUGAUUGUUAAUAGCUUUCAUUGCAUUCAGUCACCAUGACAAGGCAUUUUCUUUUUGUAACUUGUAAUUGUUUUCUUAUAAAUAGAUCAUUAGCUUCAAGUGAUCCAUCUGUCAACAGACAAAACAUUAACUUGUGCCCAGAAGAGAUAAAACCAUCUCCCUCCUGAUCAAAGUGCUUCUUCAUGAAGUAACCCACUUUCUCACCUAUACGUAUGCCUUUGAUUUUCAGUGAUUCACAUGUGACCACACCCUGCUUUUCCUGUCAAGCUGAGGGAUCCAGUCCAUCACCUAUUGGAACGUGGAAGCUUCCUGUGGUAACCCACAUUAUUCCACAUUAUUCUUAAUCAGACACUGUAGGAAAAAAAAAAAAAUUAAAAAAAAAAAAAAAAACACAAACAAAAAAAAACUAUUUAAUUACAAGAUUAUCAUCUUGUAAUCUCUCACUGUUAUCUCAUUAUCAUCUUGACAUCUCUCAUGUCAUUAGUGAUAGGACCAGAGGGAACGGUUUCAAGCUACGGCAGGGGAGAUUCAGGCUGGACAUGAGGAAGUAUUACUUUUCAGAAAGGGUGGUCAGGCACUGGAAUGGACUGCCCAGGGAGGUGGUGGAGUCACCGACCCUGGGGGUGUUCAAGGAAAGGCUGGAUGUUGUGUUGAAGGACAUGGUUUAGUGGGAGCUAUUGGGAAUAGGUGAAUGGUCAGACUGGAUGAUCUUUUAGUCUUUUCCAACCUUGGUGAUUCUAUGAUUCUAAGAUGCUUUCUUUGGGACUUGCAGUUCUUUCUUUGGUGUGGUCAGGCUAGGUGCCAAACCUCACUAACAGCUAUGUACCACACAGAAAAUAGAUCAAGCCCAGAUGUGUGUGUGUAGACAUACCAAAAAGAUAGGUAACUGUUUCUGUUUUGAAGUUAGUACUAUUUGUUUUCUCUGUUGGCUUCAUGAUGUUUUUAUUCCCUUUUUAAGGCUUCAUCCAUUUACUCUCUUUAUGUUUGUUUGUUUUUUCAAAUUUUCAGUCCUUUCUUAACAGAAAUCUUUACCGAAAAGUAUGUAAUUAACAAAAAAAUACAUUUUGUCCUGCUUUGGCUCUUAGAAUUUGUAAAUGAAGCAGAAUAAUGAUAUUAAUAAAAAUGCUGGAAAACUCUUCAUAUGUUUUGGUUUGAUUGAGAAUUAACAAUUAUUCUGUGUUUUUGAAACAUUUAGAUUAAAGGAGUUGCAGAAUGCUGAUUCCCAGUUUCCACUAACCACCACUCUGUACUCCGUAUGCUGUAAAAGAGAUCUUGUCUUAAGUAGUGUUAUGGAAGACCUGAAAGCAGGAGUUCCAGUGUUCUGCAAAAGAAAUUACAGAUUUAGUAUCUUACUUCUGUAUUACCUGGAAAUGUCCAUUUAUUUUUCAAUAAACGUAAACUCUUAUGGAGAAGGGUAAUUUGGACAAAAUGGUGAAAAUAAGAUGUUAAGAAAGACAGGGCAAAUACAAUCCAAACUGAGGGAUAUACUUAUUUGAGACUGUAAUUACUAUUGUCUGGGAUGCAUCAUUCUUAUGAAAACCAAGUUAGCAAAUAAAAGAUGCUUCUUAAGAGUAGGUUCUGACGUUUGCUUUUAUUCUUUUUUUUUUUAUCUUAAGACACAUAUUUUGUUUGCUUGGGGUGCUUUUUUGUUUAUUUAAUCUUUUGAAUGCUAUAAGCUACUUACCAUACCUAUUUGAUAGUUUGGCCCUCAGGCCAUUUCAUGUUUUGGCAUUUAUGAGAUCAAAAUGCAAAGUGGGAAACGAGUUUAUAAUUACUAUUCUUUUUUAAAAGUAUUUGAUUUUAUGUUGCAAAGCAAAAAAUUCUUAAAACUUCUCUAGCAAUAAAUUGGCAACUUUUC